AUGUCUGAUCCGAAGCAGAAGGCUGGGAGACUGUCUCCAUUGGGUCUUAUCAAAGAGGUUUUCAACUGGUACCCAUCCUCUUAUCCUGUUGAGGAGAGAAAGCUAUUGUUCAAGUUGGACUUGUCAAUUCUGAUAUUUGCCUGUCUCUGCUCUGAUGUCCCCAUUUAUUGCCGCUCAACUCAGUGCCAAUAUAUCGCAGACCAGACAAAUAUCAGCAACGCGUAUGUUAGUGGUCUGAAAGAAGACUUCGGUUUGUACGGAAACGAGCUGAACUACUUCAAUGUCUGCUACUAUACAGCAUAUGUACUGUUCCAAAUCCCUGGACUGCUGCUCAUGUCACGCCCGAAGUUGGCUCGCUGGUUGUUGCCUACUCUUGAAAUUCUUUGGGGUAUUUGCACAUUUGCCCAAAGUCGUGUCACAAACGUACACCAGAUCUAUGCCCUUCGUUUCUUGGUUGGAAUGCUAGAAGCACCCGUCUUUGCUGGAACCCAUUUUGUUCUUGGUUCAUGGUACACGGGGCCCGAACUUUUUAAACGAGCCGGAACGUGGUUUAUCUGUAAUCCACUCGGUACUAUGGUGAGUGGGUAUCUACAGGCAGCCGCAUAUACCAACCUAUCUGGUGUUGGGGGUAUGUCAGGAUGGAGGUGGCUGUUCAUAAUUGACGGCAUAUUUACCAUACCCGUGGCCUUGAUUGGAUUCCUUAUAUUUCCCGGUAUCCCGGGCUCACCCAAGCCAUUCUAUCUGACGGAUCGCAAUAUUGCAUUGGCCAAGGAGAGAACUGAAAGAGCCAAAAUUCGUCAGCCUGGCAAGAUGAGUAUCGAUGUCUUCAAGAGGACGUUCAAAAGAUGGCACAUCUGGAUGUUUAUCACCUGCUACGCAUGUAUGAUCAUCUGUUGCUAUCCCAUCAGCUAUAUGGGUUUGUGGCUUAAAGCAGAGGGGUACUCCGUAACUCAAAUCAACCAGCUGCCGACUGUCACUUACGCGAUUAACAUCGUGGCCUCAUGGCUCGGGUCAACAUUAGCUGCAAUCUAUCCGGAAUGGAUCAUUUUUACUAUUGCAUCGGCAUGUUGUUUAUUCUCGACAUUAUGUUUGAUCAUAUGGAACAUCCCUACAGCGCUGAAAUUUGUUGCCUGGUACACUUUUGGAGCAUCAGGAUGUUUGAGUCCAAUUCUCUACUCCACCAUCAAUAUAAUAGUGAGGGACGAUGCAGAGGAGCGUGCCCUCAUCAUGGGUUCCAUGAUGUCAUUUGGCUAUUCAUUCAAUAUUUGGGUCCCGUUGUUGGCAUACCCAACCGCCGGCCCCGACGGCGCGCCGAGAUGGCGAAAGGGAUGGCCAAUAUCGUUCGUCUUCUUCUUCCUCCUAUGGGCUGGCUUCGUGGCUUCUGUUUUCGUAUGGCGAAGGGAGCAAAAGAAGGAAGCAUUGGUGUCACCGCAGGAAAGUAGUGAUGAGGAAACGGACACUGUGGUAGUUGACACGACCUCGGUAUUGAAGAACUGA